AUGGCUUCUUCCCUGGUUAACCCACAGAAACGUGCUCACCUAAGAGACAAGUACAAGCAAGCAGCGCGAUCCAUCAUCCAAGAGCUCCAGUCUCGGUCCAAGCCUGCCUACACGCACACUGAGCUCGCUCAAUUCCGAGUGUCCAUCCAAUCCAUCAACCCGGAGGAUCACCGAUUCACCGAUUCCGAAGCUUGUCUCUUCUCGCCACUCACCAAGGAAGAGCUUAAAACAUACAAAAUCGACAAAAAAACACUCCCCGAGGACGAGCAUCACUACAUCACCGAAUUCAAGGGCACUUUUCAUGACCUCACAGACGAGGUUCCAGAGGAUUGCCAGAUGUGGGAGAGAGCUGCUCUUCGAGUCAAAGUCCGAGAGGAAGAGUGGGAGAUCGAAAUCCUCAAUGCAGGACCUUUCACAUUGGGAUUAUAUCAAGCCACUAGGGCCGAGAACUCUUUCUACGAGACUCCAACAGGAAUGUUAUGCGGUGUUAAAUUUGGACAUUCAAAGCCUCAGGAUCUUCCGAGAUGGAACGCCCAUUCUACUUGCCAAUGGCUUGACGAUUUCGAGGAUCCGAAGACCACUCGCCCUCACAUCAAACUUUUGACUCUCACUGGUGCAAAGGCUAAAGGAAAUGAACUACUCCAUGGCGAGUUAGCGCCUAUUGCAAACGUCCUCUACUGCCGUCUCGAACAGCCAGAAUUCGAGGAUACCUCACUCUUCCCAGUACUCGUCAUCUCGCUCUUUGGGCCAAGGCACGGCCGUCUCCUACAGGCUAAAUUCGAUAACUCCGGUACCUUGCUUGUCAGAUCCUCGCCGAUCUACAAUUUUAUAGACAGCGAUGAAAAGAUAAAUCUUUUCGUUCGCUACAACAAUUGCAAACCCCGAGAUGGUCCAGAAAUCGAGCCUGUUCUAGUUGAUGAGUAG